AAGCAAGGGAGCAAAACCGAGUAGCAUCACCCACAAUGGGUGAUGACUAUCUAUCUAUAUAAUGCCUAUUAUGUGUUACCUGAGCUAUCUUUUGUGGGUCAUUGCUCUCCUUGGAGUCCUGGCUCAGGAUGAGGGUUCUGAGUGCUGCACUUUCUUCACAGCCGUCAUCUGCGGCGGCUGCUUACUUUCCUUCUUCGUCGAAAUUCCACGCCUCUCCUUCUGCUUCUCCUUGUAGUACUUGUUCUCGUUUUCUCGGUCUCAAAUCAGUUCCCACUCACAAACAGCAUGGCAGCAUUUUGGCCAAUGAACGAGGAGCAAAAUCACUGCACUCAGUGUUUCCUACAUCUCCUGCACUAGUUUCCUCCGUUGAUGAUCUGUUCCAGUUCAUUUUGAUGGGGCCUCUGAUAGAAAAAUUGGGUUUUACUCAGGAAAAAGUGGCAGAAACCAUAGACAAAUGGAUAUUAUAUGGAGGUUAUUUGUGCAGAUUAUUUCGGAUGAAUGAACUUACCAUGACACUCCCCGAAAAGGCCAGAAUCUACCAUUACUAUAUUCCCGUGUUUCUCUGGUGUGAAGAACAAGUUCAACUUCACCGCUCCAAAUUUAAUGAAGAAAAAGAGAUUCCACCUUUAAUGAUUGGCGUUAGUGCACCCCAAGGUAGUGGGAAAACUACUCUUGUGUUUGCUCUAGAUUAUCUUUUCCGGCGCACUGGUAGGAAUUCUGCAACUUUAUCAAUAGACGAUUUUUAUUUGACUGCAGAAGAACAGGCCAACUUAAGAAGUCAAAACCCUGGGAAUGCUCUAUUAGAGUUACGUGGUAAUGCGGGAAGCCAUGAUCUUCAAUUCUCAGUUGAUACACUUUCAAAAUUAAGCAAACUGACGAAGGAAGGAAUGAAGGCGAAACUCCCACGGUAUGAUAAGUCAGCAUAUGGAGGGAGGGGUGACAGAGCUGAUCCUUCAACAUGGCCAGAGGUUAAAGGACCUCUUACGGUUAUUCUAUUCGAAGGUUGGAUGCUUGGAUUCAAGCCUCUUCCAAAUGAUGUAGUGAAAGCAGUUGAUCCACAGCUUGAACUUGUAAACAAGAACCUUGAAGCUUAUUAUGAUGCAUGGGACAAGUUUGUUGAGGCAUGGAUAAUUAUUAAGAUUAAGGAUCCUAGUUGCGUGUAUCAGUGGCGAUUGCAGGCGGAGGUGGCCAUGAGGGCAGAUGGGAAACCUGGCAUGUCAGAUGAGGAGGUUUUGGAUUUUGUAUCGCGGUACUUACCAGCGUACAAGGCUUAUCUUCCAGUUCUAUACUCUGAAGGACCGAAAGGUUUAGAUCCAAAUCGUCUCCUUGUAGUUGAGAUUGAUGAAGCGAGGAAUCCUAUCUCAUAGAAUUGAAUUCUAAUUGUAUGAUAAUAAUGCUCCGUACUAUCUAUUUCCUCUUCUCUAGGUCUACUAAGAUAUGCUUCAAUAAAAAGCGUCGUACAAUUUGUAACUCUAGUGUGUUAUAUAUAUAGUUUUUUCUGAAUUA